AUGAACAGCUUCAUGCAACAAUCUCAAUCCUCGUCAAUGGAUUGCAACACAACUCCCAGAAUCAUCAUUGGCCUUGAUUAUGGAACAUCAGGCACUGGAGUCAGCACGUACCUAGUUCGAGGCAACAAGGUCACUCGUGGAGAGGACAUAGAAUGGCCCCUCGGUGGUAAUGAGCUAAAAGUGCCAUCCAGGAUAGCAUACCCUGUUGACAACCCAUCAUUCACUAUGAUUUCUCCCUGCUGGGGCUUUGACAUAAAGCCUAACAUGAGGGCAUACACAUUGACCAAGCUCUUUCUGGAUAGCAACGCGGACUUGGCCGAGUUUGAUGACCAGAUUCUGCAACAAGCAGUCUCUCUUGGUAAUCCUCACCAAGCUCUCCACCCUGACAAGAACAAAGCCCCCGUGGAUGUUGUCGCUGACUACCUAUCUCAUGUGUUAAAGUUUGUGUGGAAGGUAAUACAAAAGGAUUCAGAUCCAUCACUCAAUCAUCUGCAUAUCAAUCUUCAAUUUACCAUUCCUGCAACCUGGUCUGAUUGGGGCCGAACACUGAGCGGGCAGGCCGUAAUUCAGGCAUGGGACUUUAAGAGACCACAGGAUACGCUUACGGUGAUGUCCGAGCCUGAUGCGGCCGCAGAAAGUGUACAUGCUCAACUCAAGGAAAAGGCUAUGCUCGAGACUGGAGACGGGAUAUUGGUCUGCGACUGUGGUAGCGGGACAGUGGAUAUCACGACUUAUCUUGUUAUGGAUUGGGCAAAAUGUGGAGGUGCAGCUAUUGAUAGUCGACUUUUUGACCUUAUGGAAAAGCGACUCCCCAAGUACGCCUUUCAGCACCUGAACCAUCUUAUUGCCCCAGGAGGCGACUUCAUGACGAAGUUCAAACUGCUGAAAAGGGUAUUUGGAAGUGCAAACACAGAAGGGCUUGUCCAGUUGCCACUACCUAUCAGAAUGGGUCGAGCGGCUUGCGGAAUGCCAUACUUUAAUCCGGAUACAGACAAUUUCAUCCUUGCAGUCGAAGACGUUCAAUCACUGUUUGACCCAGUCAUCUACAAUAUUAUUGGCCUGGUCAACUCACAGAUUACAGCUGCAGAUAGAGAAUACGGCUGCCCGGUGAUCAACAAAAUUGUGCUCGUGGGAGGACUGGCAUCGUCACCUUACCUUCAACGCUCACUUCGUCAAUGCUUCGAAGUCCCAGGAAGAUUGUCCAUAACGCUUGCACCCAAGGAACCGAUUAUGGCUGUUUCUAAUGGGUCGGCACUCGCACCCCAACGCGAAGUAGAGGACAGAAGGUCUGGUCAGGUCAGAAGUCCUCGCCAUUACGAAAUCGGAUCCCAUUUACGCCGAGAAGCAGAGAAUAUAGAAUGGGUAAUCGUCAAGGGCGAUCAAUACAAACAAGGACACGCCUAUGCUUAUAGACACCCUUGGCCGUAUCAGCUGUACCAGGAGGGCUAUGCCAAGGUGAUGACCAUCCCGCUCUAUUCUUGCGAACUGUCAAGCCCGCCGCACACUGCUCGAUUCAACGAUGUAACACUAGCUGGAUUGAUUGUCGCUGACUUUCCUUCUCUGGAACUUGGAGGUCUCCAUCAUGGAGAGGGUCCAAACAAGCGGAUGCUCUAUGAGCUGGAAUAUUUUGUCGUGUUGAUUUUUGACACGGAAAAAAGAGCCUUGCACUGUACCGUGCAGGCACUUGGAAAGGUGAUUGGCCUAUUGAGGCCUCAACUGCGCUUUUGA